AUGGAGCAUUUACCCUUAUUAGAAGGUAUAAAGCCCUUGAUUAUUGUGCCGUACGAGGCACCCGAGAAAGAUUGGUAUGACGGUGGUGGAUUCCUUGAUUAUCCACAGCGAUCUGGUUGGGCCGAAGAGCAACUUCGUGGUGGCGAUGACACCACAAAAGAAGAUUAUUUGGACGCAAAUGUGUUUUACACUAAGGGAAAUGAUAUUAAACUUUUCUUUGGACUGGCCAUUGGAUUUUUCAAAAUUGGUGGCGUUCAUGUUAAGACCGAAGACUUUCUUGUCGAUGCGAAUGUUGAUGGGGUCGAUCCUGAUAUGCCAAAAAUGAUCAAUACAUCAAAGCUAUCACAGCUCCUGACUGAAUGGAAAGCCAAUGUCGAGACAAAGGACCGCUUCUGUGUUCCCGGAUACGAAAACGAGUCCCUCUUGAAGCAAGAAAAGUCUCGACCAUGGCCAGUAAGGGAUGAUGUAUCUACUGCUAUGAUCGGACUGACCUUCUCUCUCUGGAAAGCAGCUAUGUGCGAAGUUCCACAUCUUCAUGGUCGCUCUGAGCUUCUGUGGAAGCGCCUACAGCAAAAAUGGUGCAUUGAUGAUGUGACCACCACAUUCAAGGAGCUGGAUAUUGAUGGCCACUAUUAUCUUGCAGCAUCGCCGGGGCUGGCAAAUGCAAUCGGCAGGAUUAUUGAGAAGGACGCCAUCCCGAUUGCCCUAUGGGUGAAAGGGCUUCGCACACUCUGGUCUGUUGACUAUCACCUAACUGGUAAACGAAAGCCCGACUAUGUUGCGAUUUCACACAUCUGGACUGAUGGCAAAGGUAAUCCUUCCACUUCUCCAAUUCUAGCCAUCAUUUCUCGACUGUAUCAGUCUAAUUGGAUCAAGCGGCUCUGGACCCAUCAAGAGGGAUUUCUGUCUGAUCUAAACUAUCCUUCUGAGGAUUCCAAUUCUGAUUGGCAUUCAAAAGUUUACAUUCUAUUCAGUGACAAAUCCGUUGAACUAGAUGACCUAUAUCAGCAAUUCAGUGCUUAUCAGAAAAGACAGGAAAGGUUAGAGAUGCUCUAUGGUCCCAUCACUGAUGCUGUGUCUCAGCGAAAGACGUCACAACUUGCCGAUGAGAUAGUAUGUUUGGCAACGAUCAUCGACAUUGACGUUAAGCCCUUCCUGGACCUCCCUGACAAAACAAACAAAGAUUUGGCUCAGGAGAGGAUGGCUCUCUUCUUGAAAACGCUGCAUACUUUUGAGAUGCAUUUUGUCUUCAACAAUUAUGCGACUGGAGAGAAAGGUUACAAAUGGGCCCCAAGGUCAUCGCUGAGCUUCAGGACGGCGGAGUUAUACUAUGGAGAAGACGAGCGUACAGCAGACCUUCAAAUUGUCAACGGUAAAGGGGGCCUACUGGUCCAAUACCCGGGCUUUUUGAUACAGUUUGAUAGUGGGCGGCCACCGUUUGGUACAAAUGAACGUGGCUGUGUCAUAAGCUAUCGUUAG